UCCAAAUACGGAUCUUCAAACCUACCAACUCAAUACAGUGACAUAUGGGACUGCGUCUGCCCCAUUUCUCGCAACUCGUAGUUUGCAUUACUUGGCUGAGGAUUGUAAGGAUGCAUGGUCACUAGGGGCUGCUGCUGUUAAAACUGCAUUUUAUGUUGAUGACCUUUUGUGUGGGUCUGAUGAUAUAGAUACACUCUUCAAACUAAAAACUGAAAUCACAUCAACUCUCGCUCGUGGUCAGUUUCCAUUAUGCAAGUGGCAUUCAAAUCAUCCAGGCGUGAUGGAAGACGAAUCUACCAAGGAAUUAAACAUUUCAGAAAACUCAGUCAGCAGCACACUCGGCUUAACUUGGCAUCAACGAAGAGAUGCAUUUAGUUUCACAUUUAAUCCAAAGGAAGUCUAUCCCACUACCACAAAACGAACAAUUUUGUCUACUGCGUCGUCGCUAUUCGAUCCAAUCGGUCUGCUAUCACCGUUAGUCAUUGUCUCUAAGAUCAUUCUUCAGGAGUUGUGGCUUUUGAAACUCGACUGGGACGAGUCUGUCCCCCAGAAUUUAAGCCACGCAUGGAGCAAGUGUUUGGAAUCGCUGAAUUCACUGUCGUCACUAACGUUACCUCGUUUUUGUUUGCAGCCUGAUACUAGGAGCAUUCAAAUACAUGGAUUUUGCGACGCAUCGAUUCGGGCAUACGGCUGCUGUGUUUAUGUGCGCACGGAGAAUUCGCUUGGACAGGUCACAGUGAAACUGUUCACUUCUAAGUCUAGAGUAGCACCAGUGAAGAAACAGUCUCUUCCGAAGCUUGAACUAUGCGGCGCACAUCUACUUUCUCAGUUGUAUAACAAAGUCAAGGCCAUAUUCAGUAAACACACUAACACAUCUUAUUUUUGGAGCGACUCACAGCUCGUAUUGCAUUGGUUGCAACAACACUCAGUCACCUUAUCGACCUUUGUUGGAAAUCGAGUGUCCGAUAUUCAGGAUUUAACGUCUGAUGGAAAAUGGCGCUAUGUGCCAACACAUCAAAACCCUGCUGAUAUUCUGUCGCGAGGCUGUAACGUGAGCGAGUUGAUUAAGUCUCCAUGGUUUUCGGGUCCUACGUUUCUAGUCGAAGAUUCACUAAACUGGCCCGCCACUGGUGGAAAACUUGAUAUUGACAUGGACGUGGUUAACUCGGAGAAUCGGAAAAGUUUGUUUGCUGCCGUACACGAGACAAAUAAUAUCCUCAACAUCGUCGAUAAUAUCAGCUCGUACACUCACAGUCUGCGUCUCAUUGCUUGGAUGAUUAGGUUCAUAAGGAGAUGUCGGAAGCAAUCGACGUUUACCACAACCUCACCGACGCCAGAUGAACUUCGUUUUGCUUCACAUUGCCUUAUUUGGAACAUUCAACAAACUCAUUUUGUAGAGGACAUCCGUUUACUUCAGAAGCAAAAACCAUUAAAAAGCAGCUUAAAGUUUCUUACUCCCUUUUUAGAAGUCGUGAACGGAUUCGAACUUAUCAAGGUUGGUGGACGUUUGGAAUACUCAGACCUACAAGACGGUCAAAAACAUCCGUUGCUGCUGCCUAGUCAGUCCAAAUUUGUAUGGAACUAUAUUCGCCAUUUGCAUCUUCGGAACUAUCACGCUGGACCUAAAGCCCUAGUCGCUCUCAUUCGUUUGGAGUAUUGGAUCGUUAACGCCAGAGACUUGGCACGUAGAAUUGUUCGCUCCUGUGUACACUGCGUUCGCUACAGACCGAAGCUGCUACAACAACUCAUGGGCUCAUUACCGCCUACGCGACUCGCUCCGGCUCGACCCUUUGAACGCUGUGGAGUUGACUUUUGUGGACCCAUCAACACAUAUCUACGCAUUCGAGGAAAGGGACCUACAAAAGCAUACAUAGCCGUGUUCGUUUGCCUUCUCACCAAGGCCGUUCACAUCGAAGUAGUCUCUGAUUUGUCAACAAAGGCGUUCUUAAACGCAUUGAAACGGAUGGGAGGUCGUCGCAAGCUGCCGACAGACAUCUUCUGCGAUAAUGCCACUAACUUUGGCACCUCAUUUCGGAGGCCUUUGGGAAGCGGCAGUCAAGAGUGCAAAGGGGCUGUUAAAUCGUACGCUGGCCAACACCAGGUUCACCUUCGAAGAGUUGAGCACUGUCGUCGUCGAGAUAGAAUCGAUCCUCAACUCGCGCCCGCUAUCGCCGCUUUCGUCAGACCCAAAUGACUAUAGCACUCUCACGGCUGGUCAUCUCUUGGUUGGCGAAUCAUUGCGAUCACUACCUGAAAGGUCCCUCGAGAAUAUCAAGCUGUCAAGUAUGGACCGCUACGAUGCGAUUACGGCCGUCAAGCAACGGUUUUGGAAGCAAUGGUCUGCUGACUAUGUCAACGAAUUGCGAUCGCGCACGAAGUGGACAGCACCCUCAACGAACCUCACCGAGGGCACGUUUGUCAUCAUCCAUGAGGACAACCUGCCACUGCUACGCUGGAAACUAGGCCGAGUGCAGUCUACAGUGCUUGGGAAGGAUGGACUUGUACGGGUGGUGCACCUCCGCACUGCAAAUGGAACAUGUUGCAGGCCAAUACACAAGUUGGCAAUUCUUUCGGUGGUUUGAAAGCAGUCCUUUCAACGGGGCCGGGAUGUUCGGUCAAACUCCUUUAAGGAACAAGUAUUCAAAUGACCCUC